AAUGUCGGCGCCUUAGAGAAAGCCCUAGUUCACAACCAUCUCCUCCGGCGGAAGACGGCGUCUUCUCCUCUCAAUCGGUGCUGACCAGACACCAUAAUACCUUAUCGACUACAUACCACAACUAAUCUCCAGAUUUGCAACUAAAAUCUACCAAAACAGCCCCAAAAUCUACAAAAUCGACACCGAAAAAAAAUCGCCAACAAUUUCUUCGCCGGCUGCUAAGCGUCGCCUCCGUUAUCGGUUCAAGAAUUGCGGCAGAACGGCAGACCACAGAUCGAAAUCGGAAUCUAUUACAGUGUUGUGGCAAGAAUAUGUCAGGUGCUGAAAAAGACCAAGGGGAGAUUAUCAUGGAGGAUGCUGAAAAGUCCUCACCAACACCACAACAGGAAGAGGCCGUUGUCAAGAAAAAAUAUGGAGGAAUGAUGUCCAAGAAACCACCACUUAUUUCUAAGGAUCAUGAACGAGCCUAUUUUGACUCUGCUGAUUGGUCCUUGGGAAAGGUGACAUCGCUUCGUAUAGUCACCAACAAAGCAAAACCGACAUGGGUGAAGCUUUACUUUGCAUGUGAGAGCAAGGAAUGUUAUUUCUUCAAGUGGUGCGAGCCAAUUCAUGAAGUCGAAGGCUGUUCUUCGUCAACCUCAGUGGGUGGUUCCGAUUUUGAGGGUUUAGCACUGAAAUUAUCCGAAAUAAAAGAUAAAAUUGAGAAAUUGGUGAAUGUUGUGUCUUAUUGUUUAUGGUUUGUUGUUUUUGUAACUUGUUUGUGUAUUCAAGUAAUUUGAUGAAUUUGAAUGCAAAAAUCCUUAUUUUGAAUGAUGAAUUAUGGAUUUUUGAUGUUA